AUGGCUGGCGCGGAGCCCUCCCUGGCCCGCCAGCGCGAGCCGCUGGUGGUAGCAGGUUCAGAGGUGGUGGGUCGCAGCCUGGCCAUCUGGUCGGCCCAGCUCAUGGAAUGGCCCAAGGCUGUGAUUACCGGGCACGACCCCGCCACGGGGCGGCAUGCCAUCAAGUACCGGGGCAGGGCAGGGCCCGAGACGACCGAGACCUGGGUCAAUCUGGCUCGCACCCGGUUCCAGUGGGUGGGCAAGCCUCCCCCCGGCGCAGCCCCCAACCCGUCGGCCAAGAGCGCGCCCCCCGACGAGGCCCUCGUGGGCUGCAGGGUCAAGGUCUUCUGGCCGGGCAUGGCCAAAUGGUACCUCGGAAAGGUCGUGGGGUUUGACGCCAAGACCCGGCAGCACAGCAUCAAGUAUCGGGACGGCGAUGCGCAGCACCUCACCCUGCGGCACGAGGCGGUGCAGGCAUACCAGCGCAGCAGGUACACCCUGGCCCGCCCCUCGGCCUUCAGCCGGCGCCAGCAGUCACUGAGCAGGCUGGCGGCCGGCUCGGUCGCCGCGCUGGGCACGCUGGGCCGGCUGUGCUCCACCGCCGUGGGAGGGGGGGCCGGCACGGGAACCCCGCGCGCCACCGACCUCCCCGUCCGCAUCUACCUCUCCGCCUCCUCCUGCAGCGGGGACGAGGGAGCGCAGGCCACGCUGCGUGCUCUCUGCGGCCUCGCCCCGGCAGGGUCUGGCGCUGCCACGCAUGGCCGAGGAGGGAGCGACAGCCCGAGCUCGCCGGAGCGCGGCGUCUCGCUGGGAGCCAGCCCCGGCGACUCGGCAGGCGGCCAGCCGGCGCAGCGCCCCUCCCCCUUUGCAUCGCCUGGACAGCCUGCACUGGCGGGCUCUGACACGGAGGAGGAGGAGGAGGAUGCCCUGGAUCAGCUGAGGGUGGCAGGCCUCGUCAAGGAGGAGGAGGAGCUGCCGCAGGUCCUCCCCCAGAUCCCUGUGGGUGCACGUUCUACCGCCGUCGCGUCCUGA